AUGGACCAUACGCAGGCUCAGUGGUUUACUCCUGAAGACCAGCAUGGCGAUCUUUGGGCUCCUAUGCGGCCGGCAAAGGCAGAGUGCACAUCAUGGGCUCAGCAAAGGCAGAGUGCACAUCAUGGGCUCAGCAAACUCGUACUGCCAAAGGAUGAACGACUUGGGACGCUUGCUCGACUUGCCAAGGAUCCCAGUUCGCUCCUGCACAACAAAAACGAAGGGGACAUUCAAAGUUUGGUCGAAAGUCUGAAUGAUGACGAAGCUGAGAUGCUGUACUGUGAAGUCCUUGGAGUCUUCUACGGAGCUCACGACUCUAUGGACCAAGUCAAUGACCAUCGGAAAUCGAAGUGGUGGCGCAGAGCCGGGUCGACUGUUCAGCCAGGUCUUUCCAAUGUUGCAGAGUUCUUCAAGAAGUUUGCCGGAUUGACAGAGAUUAUCAAAGGCGCCGAUCAACAGUUCGGCGGCGUCGCCUACGGGGUCCUGUCCGCGGUCCUCAGUGUCGCUGUACAGAAGCAGUUGAGGGAAGACAAGAUCGUCGAAGCUCUGGCAGAGAUUACACUCACACUACCGCGUCUGGAGUCUUUGAGGAGCAUUUCACCAGAACCAGGCUUGCGGCAACAGAUCAUCAGAGUAUUUGUGCGCCUCAUAUCAUUCAGCCAAGAGACGAUCGAAUACUACAUCUCCCGAGCGAAACGCAUCAAACAGAUUACAUUCAGUAAGUGGAGCACAACGCUCUCUGAACUGCGCACCGCACUUCUAGAGUUGCGAAAAGAGAUGGAGAUCGUCAUGUUACUCAAGAUCUCCCGGAUCGAAGCGCAGUUGCAUGAUAUCCAGAGGACUGGAAACAGUACACACAGUCUUGCCAAUAGCACCAACAGUCUGCUGAAGGAAGCAUGGUUGAGGAGUAAUGAGGAGAUGCUUUCAAGCCUGAGGACUCACCUUGUCAUUGGAUCUGAGCUGGAAGCACAUGUCGAUCCUGAAUCGUAUAAGACCACACUGACUGCACAGUUCUCUGGGUUGCGGCGUCCCUACCGUCGCAACCGACCUUCGACAAGUCCCCCUGAAGUCACUUGGCAUCACUUCCUGGCAAACGGAGCUUUCAGACGGUGGCACGACGGAUCCCAGUCCACGAUACCCUUGCUUUCGGGAACAAACUGGGCAGAGGACAGCACGAUUGAGCUGAACUGGCUCUCAUACGCAUCAGUCUAUCUCGCACAAGCUUCGGUAUCCCAGACCAACAACGUCUGCAUACCCUUCUUUUGCCAAACGGAGCACACCACCAGGACUCAACAGAGCAGGCGUUGUACUCUCUCAACCAUGAUGCGGUAUAUGGUGUACCAGCUAGCCGAACAGCAUUCAACUCAACUCAGAGCAAAGCACGCCCUUCAUGAUCGAUACCAUCAGAAGCCCAGAAUGGUCGAGCAGUGA